GUUCCCGGCACGACUGUGCGUUUGGUAGCUUCGUGCUUCUCGUUUUUCCCGUACCGCCACCCGGUCCCGCCCGGCUGCCCGCGCGCACUUCGCAUCCUGCAGACGCCCGAGGUGCUCGGGCUGGGAGACUGAGACCCCGGGAUCCGCAGCAGCGUUCGCGGCGGCACUUGCGGAGAUGGCCGGGAAGAAGGCGCGUAAGAACGCGCAACCGAGCCCCGCGCGCACUGAGCUGGAAGAGGAGUGUGCUGCUCAGCUCAGGAGACUGGGAGACAAACUGAAUUUUCGGCAGAAACUUCUGAAUCUGAUAACCAAAUUCUUCUGCUCAGGAACCUGACUGCAACAAAAACUUGUGCAUAAGGGGACUCCUUCGAAAGGGAAGUUUCCCACAAUAGGUGCAAGUGGUACAAAUUUCAUAAAUUCGAAGAGAGGUCUCAUUGCAUGUAAUUGAGAGGAGUGAAAAGGAGCAUUCACUUGCUGUGGAUGCCCUUGAGAAGUGAAGAUGGAAUACCUCAGAAGAAUUUCUGUGGGGGGGGUUUUCAUAUGUCA